UUGUUCCGUGUGCAUAAAGUCCUAACAUUCCACGAUAAAGAGGAUGGGAUCAGACUGGUUCCAACGGCGCCAAUCUCUCAUUCCCUAAAGCUCUAGGUAUCGAUGAUUCUCCGGGAGCUCCCAAUGCUGAGGUGAACUCGUGGCUUGUUGGUCUCGUUAACUCGUAUGUUAACCGAAAACCUUAGCUACCUUAAAUCGCUUGUGUAGCUGUUGUGCCUGCAUGCUAACAUGAUUUCUCAGUGGCCCAUACAUUGGCUCCGCUCUAUUGUAAGCAGAAGACCGAACUCAGACGAAAUACCCCGGUUAUUUUUUGGCUGCUUGUUCCUCAAGUGCGCUGUCUAACUGAUUAAAAUAGUGGCUGCUGGCUUUCCGACCCCCUGAACCAGUAUCUCGGUCGUCGAGGUACCAUCUUUGUCUCCGCGGUAUUCUGUGUCCUGACCCCCAUCGGCUCUGCUGUAGCUCAAACAUGGCAACAAUUGCUCGCAACUCGUCUACUCCUCGGUGUUGGAAUGGGUACAAAGGCCUCCACUGUUCCCAUCUUCUGCGCUGAAAAUACACCUGCCAUAGUCCGUGGUGGCCUCGUCAUGAGCUGGCAGCUGUAUGUUCCCCUUUUGGUCCCUUCCCUAUGUUUGCAUCCGACUAACUUCUUUACUAGAUGGACCGCGUUCGGUAUCUUCCUCGGAUUCACUGCUAACCUGGUUGUGAAGGAUGUUGGAACAAUCGCAUGGCGCUUGCAAGUUGGCUCUGCUUUCAUCCCAGCUGUCCCUCUCGUGGCAAUGGUGUACCUCUGUCCCGAGUCGCCGCGUUGGUAUAUUAAGAAGGGCAAGAUCUCCAAGGCUUUUCACUCUCUCAAGCGGUUAAGAAACCACCAGAUUCAGGCUGCCAGAGACCUCUACCUGAUCUACUCUCAGAUCCAGAUCGAGGCCGAGCUCGCCGGAGACAGCAACUACAUCACCCGUUUCUUCCAACUAUUCACCAUUCCCCGAGUUCGACGUGCAACUCUGGCUUCCUUUGUCGUUAUGAUUGCUCAGCAGAUGUGCGGAAGUACGUAUCAUGCAUGCAUACACACACACACCUCCUUUCCAUCUGAAUAUUUGGUAUCUUGAUAUGCUGACACGUAGACGUUAACCAGUCAACAUCAUGGCCUUCUACUCGUCAACUAUCUUCAAACAAGCCGGCGCCAGUGAGUCUGAGGCUCUCAUUGCCUCAUUCGGUUUCGGUCUCGUCAACUUCGUCUUUGCGUUCCCCGCCAUUUGGACCAUCGAUACCUGGGGUCGACGAGCUUUGUUGAUCUUCACCUUCCCACAGAUGACAUGGACUCUCCUGGCAGCCGGUUUCUGCUUCUACAUUCCCGAGGAAAACAGAGCCCACCUUGGCCUCGUUGCCUUCUUUGUCUUCCUCUUCGCUGCCUUCUACUCUCCUGGCGAGGGGCCAGUGCCGUUCACAUACUCUGCUGAAGUGUUCCCCUUGUCCCAUCGUGGUAAGUUAUACAUGUCUUUUCCCAUUAAAAAUAAGGCAAUAAUUACUAACCAGAUCAAUUAAUCAGAGGUCGGUAUGUCAUGGGCUGUCGCAACCUGUCUUUUCUGGGCAGCAGUGCUCUCCGUCUCGUUCCCCCGUAUUCUUCAAGCCAUGACCCCAACCGGUGCCUUUGGCUUCUACGCUGGCCUGAACGUCCUUGCCCUGAU